ACACACACAUAUACCGAUCAAAAGCUUGACAACGACAACAAAGAAGAUCAUCGACAAAAUUACUAGGUGAAGUGUAGUAAAUAACUUUUUUGGCCCGUAGUAUCUCAGAUCUGAGCCUUGAUGCUCUUGUGCUUGAUAACUAGAGUCCGAGUCUGGAACUCGACUCCAAUCGUGGCCUUUGAGUCCAAAUUGAACUCGUUCGAGGCGAAGCAAGCCAGAAUCUACGAUUUCCCCAUGGCCGAGUCACCUAUUAGCACAACCUUGAAGACACAAGUCUAUCUUCUGGUUGGAUCACUGUAUCCACCCAUCUUCAAUGACCCUGACUCUGUUCUUUAAGAUUCAAACUAACCCGUUACCAAGCUGAGAUAGAGGCUUUUAGACUUGGAGGGUUGUGUUGUGUAAAUGGCUAAAUGCAAAGGAAGAAAGAAAAUCAUUCAAGGAAGGAAAUAUCCUGUCGAAUUGCAGAAAGGAAGAAUCUGGACUCUGGAGAAGGGGGUUUCUAUUUGGGGAGAGGCGGAACCAAUUCCCAUGUUGU